AUGGCCGCCUCCGCCGCACCUGCGCGCCCCGAUGCGCGAAGCCGUCCCGCCGGCACCUACUUCCCUCUGGGAUACAAGGACGCCGUCUACGAAUGGUGGUCCAGCGUCACCCCCCAAAUGGCCGAGCGCAACGUCCUGUCCCACAUCCCCUACCUCAAAGACACCCUCGACUCGAACAAGCACGACCCCUUCGGCAAGCGCGUGUGGUCCUCCCAAAUGGUCGAGCUCUCCGGCAAGAACCGCGCCCUGAACGAGUACUCCGUCGAGCGCGUCGGCGAAAAGGUCGACAACACCCUCGUCAUCGUCCACGGCUACGGCGCCGGCCUCGGCUUCUUCUACAAAAACUUCGAGCCCCUCUCCCGCGCAAAGGGCUGGAAGCUCUACGCCCUCGACAUGCUCGGCAUGGGCAACUCCACCCGCCCGCCCUUCAAGGUCCACGCAAAGGACCAGGCCGCCAAGACCGCAGAAGCCGAGGCCUGGUUCAUCGACGCCCUCGAGGAGUGGCGCAAGAAGCGCGACAUCGACAAGAUGACCCUCAUCGGCCACUCCCUCGGCGGCUACCUCUCCGUCGCCUACGCCCUCAAGUACCCCGGCCACAUCAAGAAGCUCAUCCUCGCCUCCCCGGUCGGCAUCCCCGCCGACCCCUACGCCGUCAAUGAGUCUAUGCCCGAGCCCGAAGAGUCCACCCUUCAGAACGAGUUCACGCAGGACCAAAACGCCGUCACCACCGACGACCACAACUCCUCCACCGCCGCCGCCUCCCGCUCCAAGACCUCCACAAACUCCACCAACGCCCCGAAGCGGCCCCUCCCAGGCUGGCUCGUCUGGCUCUGGGACGCCAACGUCUCCCCCUUCAGCAUCGUCCGCUUCACCGGGCCCCUCGGCCCGCGCUUCGUCUCCGGCUGGACCUCGCGCCGCUUCAACCACCUCCCCGCCGACGAGUCCAAGUCCCUGCACGACUACGCCUUCUCCAUCUUCCGCCAGCGCGGCAGCGGCGAGUACGCCCUGCCCUACAUUCUCGCGCCCGGCGCCUACGCCCGCAGCCCCAUCAUCAACAGGAUAGACGGCGUCGGCCGUCAGGUUAUCGAGAAGAACGGCGAGAAGAUCCGCGAGACGGGCAUCCCCGUCGUCUUCAUGUACGGCGAGAACGACUGGAUGGACGUCGCGGGCGGCCUCGAGGCCGAGGAGAAGCUGAAGCAGCGCCGCGCGCAGGCGCUGCUGACCGCCACCGACGAGGAGAAGGCCCGCGAGAACGGGUCCGCCAAGGUCAAGGUCAUUUCCAAGGCGGGCCACCACCUCUACCUCGAUAACGCCGACGAGUUCAAUGACUUUAUUCGUAAAGAGAUGGAAGACGUCGAGAAGAGCAAAUUAUAG